GAAGCAGUCAUUUCUCUUCUGAAAUUCAAAGACUGAGCGAGAGAAAGUGUCCCGGCGGAAAUUGAGAGAAUCGAGGAGGGAAUAUUCCGAUCAAGGAAGCCGGAGAUUCGCUCCGAGUGGCAGGAAUCGAAGUGGAUUAGUUCGUUUUGGUUUAAGAGAGAGAAAGAGAGAGAGGUUACGGUUUGUGAAUUUUUGAAUUGGAUUUGGGGGAAUUGUUUAGGGUUAGGUUUACGGCGGCGAGGAGGGAGAUGACGGAGGUGGUGCUGCAUAUAUACGAUGUGACGAAUAGUGGAUCGGAGAAGACGAACAGCACCAUUCUGCAAAUCAACAAGAUCUUUAAGGACGGUAUCGGCCUCGGCGGCAUCUUCCACAGCGCCGUUCAGGUUUAUGGUGAAGAUGAAUGGUCAUUUGGGUUCUGUGAACAAGGAAGUGGUGUUUUUAGUUGUCCUUCAGGAAAGAAUCCAAUGUACACCUAUCGUGAGUUCAUAGUCCUUGGAACAACGGAUUGUUCGAAGUCCAAGGUCAAUCAAAUCUUGAGGGAACUGAGUAGAGAGUGGCCUGGGUUUACUUAUGACUUGUUAUCAAAAAAUUGCAAUCACUUUUGUGAUGAGCUAUGCGAAAGACUUGGGGUGCCAAGGCUUCCAGGCUGGGUUAAUCGCUUUGCACAUGCGGGUGAUGCGGCAAUGGAAGUAGCAGGAAACACAGCAUAUCGGUUAAAACAAGCGAAGACCGAAAUUGUAUCAGCAAGCAAAGUUGCUUAUCGGUUCCUUGUUGGUGUCACUAACAACAUAGCUUCGCCUGAAUCUCCUGGAAAUUCAAAUAGUAGAUUCCAAGCAGCUUGGUUCAAAAACAUGAUAACUACUGGAGCCAAACCGUCUAGUAGUUCUGAAUAUGAUAGUGAAGAGAAUGCACUUAGGCAGCAACAGCAAACAGAUUCAGACUUGCCGCUGCCACAACAUUCUCGGCCACUGCAUAAUGGUUAGGUCUUGUAACAUCAUGUUUGCAAUAUGUACCAGUUAAAUCUGUGCAAAGGCUAUCCAUGUUGUAAUUGUGUAUCAGUGAAAGAUUUAUUUUUGUUG